UCUCAUUCCAGUUUUAGUCAGAGGGGUGCUUUGGUUUGUACUCAUAGAUGGCGGAGGAGGUUUUGAUAGAUUUGAAUGGGAAAUCUAGAGGGCAUCUAACCUCAUCCCUGCUAGCAGCAGCAUUUCUCUCCUCCUUUGGGAGCUCCAUGCUCUAUGGUUAUAACCUGGCUGUAGUUAAUUCUCCUGCAGAGUACAUAAAGGACUUUUAUAACCAAACCAUUAUGAGGCGGCAUGGGUCAGGAGUGGAUGAAGAGGCUCUCACACUUAUGUGUUCAGUCACUGUAUCUAUAUUUUCCAUCGGAGGCCUAGUGGGCUCUCUCACAGUGGGAAUGCAGGUUACCAAAUUCGGGAGAAAAGGGACUCUGGUGCACAGCACAAUUCUGGUGUUUGUUGCUGGAGGGUUGAUGGGCUUCAGCCAGUUAUGUGGAUCUCCAGAGAUGAUCAUCAUUGGUCGCUUCAUUACAGGGAUUACUGUUGGGAUAUCACUCAGCGUAGUGCCCAUGUAUCUGGGAGAAAUUGCUCCAAAGAAUCUUCGGGGCUUCCUGGGACUCAUGCCAAGCAUCUUCAUCUGUUUGGGAGUAUUUAUCGCUCAGAUUCUGGGGCUCCAUGAGAUCUUGGGCAAGGAAGAGUACUGGCCUAUGUUCCUCUCUCUAGUCGUGGUGCCUACAUUUAUACAGCUCAUGUUGUUGCCAUGGUUCCCAGAGAGUCCAAGAUACUUGUUGAUAGAAAAGCAGAACAUUCAUGCCACUAUCACAGCACUAAAGUGGUACCGUGCUAAGUCUAAUGUCCAGGCUGAGGUGGAGGAGAUACAGGAAGAGCAGCACUCUUUGUCGUCAGUGGAGACUGUCUCGGUCCUGCAGCUCUUCAGGGAUCCAUCUGUUUGCUGGCAGCUUGUUACAGUCAUUGUGGUUAAUGCUGGAAUGCAGCUGUCUGGAAUUGACGCGAUCUGGUUCUACACCAAUGCCAUCUUCGAGAAUGCUGGCAUUGCUGCCCAUCAGAUUCAGUACACAACAGUGGGCACUGGAGCCAUUGAGGUCAUCGCUGGACUCAUAGGGUGUUUCACUAUUGAGUGUGUGGGAAGGAGGCCUCUAAUGAUUGGUGGUUUUAGCUUCAUGGGAGUGUGCUGUGCUGGGAUCACUUUCUCCCUCAUAUUACAGACUCAUGUGCCCUUCACGUGUUACAUCAGUGUGGCCUGUGUGGUUGGAAUCAUCGAAGGAUUCUGCAUAGGGCCCGCUGGAGUCCCAUUUCUCAUGACAGGAGAGCUUUUUAAACAGUCUCAUCGACCUGCUGCCUACAUUGUUGGAGGAUUUCUCAACUGGAUAUCAAACUUCACUGUGGGCUUUGUCUUUCCGUUCCUACAGAUGUCAGCUGGUGCAUUCUGUUACCUGGUGUUCUGUGGUGUUUGUGUGGGUGUGGCAACUUACGUCUACUUCAUCAUUCCUGAGACGAAGAACAAAACAUUCGUGGAGAUCAGUCAGAUGUUUGCUUUAAGAAACGGUUGUGAAAUUGAAAACCAGCCACUGGCCAUCACUGACCAACUCAGCCUCAAAAAGAUGAACAGGUCUACACAGCUGUUUGGACACCAGGGACCACUUUUCUGCACCCAGAUGAAAAAGAGAAAGACUCAAAGCAAACUUGCAGAAGGACAAGGACAAUGUCUGGAAGAGUAUCAACCCCUCAAUGACCAGACUAACAGAUGGAAGACUUAGACCAGACCUUUUUAAGCAAGAGCAGUGAUACAACAGUGGAGGAGAGAAAGAAAAGGAGGAAAAAAUGUUUCACAUGGCUGUGAAAUUGAAAUGCACCCUCUGGUUCCCAAAAACUUUACAAAAGCAUGAUUCCUGGUAAACCACUGUAGAAUUAAUUUGGCUGAUUGACCACAAAGAGUUAGCGGGAACAAGAAAGAAGACUAGCUACUCAAAAUUUGUCAUCCUGAACAGAUGACAUUAUUGAAAGGGUGUCUAAGGACAAUGAAAAAAGACAGGGCCAAAUAAAGGAGACAAUGUUUUCUGUUAUGUACUGUAUGAUAUUGUGAAUAAAUUGUGGUUCAUACAGAAUCAGUAAUGCUCAAAACAGACAAUCUCUCACAGAAGUACAUGGAUAGAAGUUAUAUACUAAGGGAAGGAAGAUAACAAUGAAAGCAAUACAAAAAUGCUAAAACAGUUGUGAAUACAGUGCAGAAAGUACUUGAUCAGGCUCCUAAAGAUGCAUCAAAUUCAUGAAUAGGCCUCUAGGAAAUGGAAAAAGAAUUUGAUUGUGCCGCCAACUGGUAGGAAAUGGGGUGUUAGUUAUGAAGUUGGCUAUUUGAGUGAUUUUUUGUUUAACAAUAUAUCAUUAUAUCAGUUUUCAUAAAUACAAGGAAAGGUAAGAUUUUGAUAAAGCAGUGUAACAGAUGAUAUAAGUCUAGUACAAAUUGUUUUUCUCAGAAAAGUUAUGAUCAGGAUAAUUACAGCUAUAAAGCAGGUUGAAACGAGACUAUGUCAUAUUUCUGCCUUAUAAUAUCUAAUGCAUGUUGGAUGACUGCUAAACACAGAUGAAAUUGAUAUAAAUCAGUCAAAGCAUCUGUCAUCUGUGUCCAUUAAAUACUUUUGCCAAGUAAAAAAGCUGAAUGAUGGUACUAAACUGUGUUGCCAGUUAGGGGAAUUUGUAACCAAAUUUAGUGAUGGUUGCUGCGACUUCUUGUGAUGUUUUGCGACAAGGAGCUAAUUUGGCUUUAUUUAAAUAUACUUGGGAUUUUUAUGAAUUAAUUAUUAAACACACGUAAAGUCAUACUAUAUAAUAAGAAGUCAGAUGUAACAAAAUAUUUAUUGACCACCAAGCACAUUGCGAGUGCAAAACCCAUUUUUUGAUCAGAGGCAGGUAUGUAUGACCUCAAUUGCAUCAACUAGGAAUUUGUCUGUUGCUGAAACUGAAUGUACUUAGCCAUUUACAUUGCUCGAUCGAUCAAUUUCCACUUAGAAGAUUUAUGUAAAGUCUGUAUUAAAGAUGUUGCUGCUGUCAAAUUACACAGGACCAAAUGCACUGGCUUGAUAAAAAAAAAAAAAAAUAAAAAAUAAAAAUGUGA